AUAACUCCCGGCCCGGGGAAUUGAGCUCCAAGCGCUCGCCGCAAGGACGACCUCCUGCACAGCUCUGUUUUGCGUGGCGUUGCUAUUGUUCUUCCUCGUUUCCGCUCCGACCGAACGAGCGCGCGAGUGAGUGCGAGAGGCUUGCAGGUAGGAGCAGCGAUCGAGUGGACGUGGAGGUCGCAGCGCUCCAUGGGAAUUGACGACGACGAAGCACGGGCCAGGGAAGAGAAAGGUUGAAGGUUUUUCGAUCUCUCCGGCACGUUCGUCGUACGAGGAGGAGGAGGAGGCGGAGGGGAGGGUUUGAGGGAGAGAGAAGUCGAGGAGUUUUUAGCGUUGAAGACGCGACGGGACGGGACCUCUGCGGUGGGUUGAUCUAUCGAUUUAGAUCUGACAGGAAUCGGACAUGGCGACCAUGGGGAUGAGUAAUAAGAAGGGAUCUUGGACAGGGAAUGAUAAGGGCUCGGGUGAUGGGAAACAGCGGGAUCGAAGCAGGAACAUGACGGCCGAUACCCCGCUGGCUGCACAGCUUCAGCAAGCCUGGCUUCAGACGCAGCUACCCCGGCGCAAUGUACCGAAGCUCGACUUUCUCUCUCCUGUACCGUCUCCCGACUUGUCGAUGUCGCGCAGCUCUUCGGCUUCGUAUCCGUCUUCUCAAUCGGUUUCCCCGGAUUCGGACACGCUCACCAGCCACUCGGAAGCUGGAUCGUACAGCCCAGUAGAGAGUAGCACCACUAACGAGUACAACUACAAUUAUGAGCAGGAUGACCCCAUGAACGAUCCGCUGUUGUCAUAUAUAUCGGACAUGUUAAUGGAGGAAGACCUCUGCGAAAAGAAAUGCAUGUUUGUGGAGUGUAGUGCCUAUCAAGCUAUGACCAAGGAGCUCGCGGAGUUGAUUGGGGAUCCUAGUGCUGCCGAUGACCUUUACUGUAAAGACUACGAGGACGGAGCUGCUGAAGAGCUUUCCGGUGUCACCAGCUGGGUCGACGAAGUCCUCGACUCGCACCCUUCUCAGUAUUUCGACAACUAUGAGCACGAAAACUCGUUGGAAUCUUCUGCCGGUGUUGUGGAUGACAGUAGAGGGGCAUCUCCGACUGACGUUCUGGCCUCGUGUGCGUCUGGAAAGACUGCAGGUGGUGCUAUUAGGGUGAAUGUAAUUCCACAACCGGGAGGUAUAUCUGGAGUUAGAGCAGCCCGCGAAGAGGUGGUGGGAUUGGGUGUAGAAUGCACAUACUUAGAUGCGGAUACUCCGAGGCUGACUCCGGGUUUAGAUUACGCCGCUCCGGGAAAGAGCGGAAUAGACUCCUUAACAGAUUUGUACCCUGUGCUGAUGGAGUGCGCUCAAGCGGUGUCGCGGGACGACGUAAGAGAGGCACACCAGCUGAUCAAUAGGCUCAGAGAGCUGUCCAGCCCUAACGGAGACGGUGGACAGAGGCUGGUUCACUACUUCGUGGAAGCUUUAGUUGCGCGGCUCUCGGGGACUGGCGGGCGGCUCUACACUGCCUUGUCGUCGAAUAUGCCCAGCGCUAUGGACAUGCUUAAAGCCUACAAGCUGUUCGUGCAGUGUAAUCCCCUGCCGAAGAUUGCACACUAUUUUGCCAAUAAGACUAUCUUCGACGCGGUUAAGGGGGCGAAAGCUGUACACAUAGUUGACUUUGGUAUUUUGUAUGGAGUUCAAUGGCCGUGUCUUAUACACGCGCUGUCGUCCAGGCCAGAGGGGCCUCCUCAUCUGCGAAUUACGGGCAUAGAUUUUGCCCAGCCCGGGUUUAAAUCCACCGAACGUAUCGAGGAGACUGGUCGGCGGCUGGCCGAAAAGGCCAGAUUGAUGGGUAUCGAAUUUGAGUACCAGGCAAUUGCUGGCAAGUGGGAGCAAAUCCAGCCAGCCCAGCUCAACUUGAGGCAAGAAGAAGUGCUUAUCGUGAACAGUAUGUUCCGGCUACGCAACCUGUUAGAUGAAACCGUAAUGGCUUCUAGUCCGCGUAAGAUGUUGCUGAAUAAAAUUCAUAGUUUAAAUCCCGAGCUUUUUGUCACCGGCAUAGUGAAUGCUGGUUACAACACUCCUUUCUUUAUGGCUCGUUUUCGGGAGGCUGUGAAUCAUUACGCGGCUGUUUUCGAUGCAAUUCACUCCGCAGUUCCUCCCAUUGCCGAGUUGAGGCUUUUUUCUGAGAGGGAAAUUUUAGGCAGGGAGAUUCUAAACGUUAUAGCUUGUGAGGGCGUGGAAAGAUUAGAGAGGGCCGAGAAUUUUACGCAGUGGCAGUCUCGCAUAACUAAUGCUGGAUUCAAGCAACAGCCUUUGGAUUCUGCGGUUAUCGAUAAAGCUAAGGAAAUAUUAAAUCCUUUUCAUAAAGAGUUCGGAGUCACCCAGGUUGGCAACUGGAUGUUAAGCGGGUGGAAAGACCGUGUUCUCCAUGGUCUGACUGCCUGGAAACCUUGACAACUAUCGAUACUCACAUAAAUGUACAUUGUUUACAGUUUUAAGAUAUUACUUUUGUAA